AUGUCACAGGGGGACCUAGGCAACCAGGCGGACAUGAAUCAGAAUAGUACACUAGCAUUAAGUGAAAGCUUAAACCACAUUAAGAAGCAGGAGUUCGUCAGGAUGAAGAUAAUGAAUGAAUGGUACCUCAUAGGUUCUGGUGGUGGUGGUUGCGGAGAGUCGGGGACUGACGUCACCGGGUCGGGGCAGAAAAAGACCGUUCUUGCCGAUGAAUCCAGCAAGGUCCGUCUCGCCCCUGGCAGCCAUGAGAUCAGUGCUUUACUAUGUCUACGCCUUACUCUACGUCCUGUCUACUGCGCAGUGCCGAUCAACGAAGAUCCAAAGAAGACUGGGCGCAGCCCUCCAGCAUCCGAUUCCCGCUCAGUCUCACCCAGUGAGAAUCUGAACGGGCGUAUCCAGGUAUUUUCAAACCCAGCCUGGAUGAUAGGAGAUGAACCUACCAGACAGCCACAUUGA